UGCCGUUUUAUUGCUUCGUUUCGGAGAAAUCCAGUUGGUGUGGAGUGUGUGUUGGUGCCGCAGGCCGCACGGGGCGCGCAACCUGCCACGCACGCUGCCGCAGUGGCGCCCCGAGGGGCUGUCCGGCGCGCAGCGCCAGGGGCGCGGCGCGGGGGCGGGGCCCUGGCCGCCAAGGCCCUCUUCGCCCUGGCCUGGUUCCACGCCGUCGUGCAGGAGCGGCGCACCUUCAUCCCGCAGGGCUGGGCGCACUUCUACGAGUUCAGCGACGCCGACCUGCGCGCCGCCGCCGACACGCUGCGCCGCCUCCUGCAGACAGGGAGUCCAAAGUGGGAGUUCAUGCAGGGGUUGUGCGAGAGCGCCAUCUACGGGGGGCGCGUGGACAACGCGUUCGACGUGCGCGUGCUGGCCUCGUACGCACGCGACUUCUUCGACGCCGACGUGCUGGCGAGCGGCCGGCGCCCGCUGGGGCCCGGCAUCGCCCUGCCGCCCAGCUCCAACUACAGGGACUUCCUGACCAUCGUCCACCAGCUGUCUGAUAAGGACCAGCCCGCCUACUUCGGUCUGCCCGCGAAUGUGGAGCGUUCAUGGCAGCGCAUCACCAGUAAUGAGGUCAUUGUGCAGCUCCGCUCGCUGGAGCGCCCCGUGGAGGGCUCCGUGCGGUUCGACCGCGACGAGUGGCAGAAGCAGCUGUCGCCCAUCAUGAGCCUCUGGAAGAAGCUCAACCAGGUGAGGGCAGCGUGC